UCACCAGCCAUUACAUAAUCAUCCAUCAUGGCAUCCAAAGCUCUUCCAUUCUUCUCAUUCACCCUCCUCCUUUUCCUUCCCAUGUUGUUUCAGGCUGUUUUAGCUGACUCAAAUGAGAAAAAGCCAUCCCCAUUUGAGUUUCUCCAGCAUCUGCAAGGAUGUCAUAAGGGAGAGAAGGUUAAAGACAUACAUAAACUCAAAAAGUAUCUCGAAAGUUUCGGUUACUUGAGCUAUAGCAAGAACGAAACUCAUGCCAACGAUGAUGAUUUCGAUGACUUCUUGGAGUCUGCCAUCAAAACUUACCAGCUCAACUAUAAUUUAAAGACGACUGGGACUUUGGAUUCCAAAACAGUAUCAAAGAUGAUGACGUCUCGUUGCGCGGUAGCAGAUAUCAUCCAUGGUACUACUGGGAUGCGUUCCGGCAAGAAAAGGCAACACCCUGCGGGAUCUAAAUCUUUCCAUACAGUCGCGCACUACGCCUUCUUCCCAGGAAACCCCAAAUGGCCAGAUUCUAAGUCCCAUCUCACCUACGCAUUUCUUCCAGGGACCCGAGCUGAUGCCGUUAACCCUGUUGUAAGAGCUUUCCAAACAUGGGCUGCAAAUACACACUUUAGCUUUUCCCGGACUGAGGACUAUACAAAUGCUGACAUCACAAUUAGUUUCGAAAGUCGGGAUCAUGCAGAUGGAAACCCUUUCGAUGGCCCUGAUGGAACCUUAGCUCACGCUUUUGCGCCAACUGAUGGGAGAUUCCACUAUGAUGCAGAUGAACAAUGGUCCGUAAGUGUAACCCCUGGCGCAUAUCACUUGGAGACUAUUGCAUUGCAUGAAAUCGGGCACCUUCUUGGUCUGCACCACAGCUCAGUUGAGGGGGCCAUAAUGUAUCCUACCUUUAUGGCCGGAGAAAGCAAGGGUUUGCACGGGGAUGAUAUUCAAGGAAUCAGGGCUUUAUAUAACAAGUGAGGAGCUAGACCCAGCAAUUGAAAUUAAUUUGUUCAUCAAUAGUGAAAAAUGUUGCAUUUUACGGCAUGCUAAGAUACAGCUA